CAGCUGUAUAAAUAUGCUGAAAGUUACUCCGAGGCCCUGCAGGGAUUUGCGCGAGCCUCUGCCCUGGACCCGGCCCUGCCUGAACCUCGCAUCCGGGAACAGCAGCUCCUCACCUUCCUGCAGCGACUCACCUCCCUCCUCCAGCAGAAGGGCAUGCUGAAGGCCAAAAGGCUAAACAACAUGAUGGCCAGCCUUCAGAACAAAGAGCUCCCCACGUACAAGGACCGAACGUACACCAGUGCCAGCGGGAAGGAGGUCUCUCUCACCCUGAAACCACUGCGCGGCCUGAAUCCCGGAGCAAACACAGGCUCAGUGGUGGUUGGCAAGGUUGUCUUCAGUCUGACCGACGAGGAGAAAGUGCCAUUUACCUUCGGUUUGAUGGACACAGAGGGAACGUGCCUGGCCGUGAUGGUGUACAACAUUGCGGAGAGCUGGGGCGUCCUUAUCGGAGACACUGUGGCUAUUCCCGAACCACAGCUUAAACAGCACAGCAUAGACCACAAUGGCAAGCAUUUCUCGUUCAGUAACAUCCGAGCGGAAUCCCCUCUGGUCCUGCUGGUGAAUGGGAGAAAGCAGAGUCCCACCAGCGAAGCAGCAGCAAUUGUCGCCUACAAACCUCAGAUGGAGUAGAGGCCUCGGCACCGGGGGAUAUGGCCUAUUUCCCACCCCACCCUAUCCCCUUCCCUUCCUUGCCCACUCGCAGUGACCACCAGCAGAUAAAGCAAGGCCUUCCCAGGGACUACAAGCAGAUGUGACCAUAUUCCACCCCCUCACCACCCUCCAGAAACCACCUGCAGACACGGGUCCUCUCUCCCAUUGCUGGACUUGCAGUCUCACACUCAUGUUCGUUCACACACACACACACACGCACACUCCUAUUUUGACACACACACAUUUUCUCACGCAUUCACAUUUCACACACACAUUUUCACUCACGCAUUCACAUUUUCACGCACAUCUCGCGCGCAUUCGCAUCUCACGUACAUUUCAUGCACAUUCACAUCUUGCGCGCAUUCACAUUUUCACGCACAUCUCGCGCGCAUUCGCAUCUCACGUACAUUUCAUGCACAUUCACAUCUUGCACGCAUUCACAUUUUCACACACAUUUCACGCGCAUUCACAUCUCUCACGCACGUUUCGCCCGCAUUCACAUUUCGCGUGCAUUCACAUUUCGCGUGCAUUCACAUUUCGCGCGCAUUCACAUUUCGCGCGCAUUCACAUCUCACACGCACUUUCACACACACACAUACACACGAUAUGCUCCCAGCCCUUUACCGAAGCUCCAUGCAGCAGUCCCUGCUCUGUCUGGCCUGUGAAUUUGCGCCGAGCUCCAGGGCCACCUCAGCACAGGCCAGGCAUUCGACAUGGGAUCCUCUGUCCCACUCAGCACCCCGGCCGCCCCUGAUGAUUAAAUUCCCCAGGGAGGUGGGGAGGGGGGGCGCACAAAAGGUGUCCCAUCACUUGCUUUGAUACAGUGUCCCACGAUGCCUUUGAUACAGUUUGCAAAGUGUAUAUAUUUUCCAUGUUUUUCUAAAACAAAAGUGUAUAUAUUUAUAUAUAUUUCUUGGUGUACUUCCAGAACAGUACAUUUUUGUUUUUGCGUGUGUGUUGUUCUUGAUUGUGCAGUUUGUUGUCCUAAAGUGAGCUGUGAUUGUAAAGUGAGUGAUUAAAAGUGGUGAAUUGGA